AUGGGCUCCAUCAGUGCAGCAAAUGCAGAAUUUUCUCUUGAUGUAUUCAAAGAUCUUCGAGUCCACCAUGCCAGUGACAACAUCUUCUAUUCCCCCCUGAGCAUCAUUGCAGCCUUGGCCAUGGUUUAUCUGGGAGCAAGAGGUAACACUGAGUAUCAGAUGGAGAAGGUUCUUCACUUUGACAAAAUUGCAGGACUUGGAGGAAAUAUUCAGACCAAGUGUGGAAAGUCUGUGAAUAUCCACAUCCUGUUUAAAGAACUUCUCUCUGAUAUCGCUGCACCAAAAGCCAAUUACUCACUUCACAUUGCCAACAGACUCUACGCUGAAAAGACAUGUUCAGUCCUACCGAUCUACUUAAAAUGUGUGAAGAAACUGUACAGAGUAGGUCUAGAAAUGGUCAGCUUCAAAACUGCAUCAGAUCAAGCCAGACAGCUCAUUAAUUCCUGGGUAGAAAAUCGGACAAAUGGACAGAUCCAAGGUUUCCUUGAGCCAGGCUCUGUUGACCUUGAUACUGUGCUGGUCCUUGUGAGUGCCAUUUACUUCAAAGGGAUGUGGAAGACAGCAUUUAAAGAAGAGCACACCCAGGAAAUGCCCUUCAGCAUGACAAAGCGAGAAAGCAGACCUGUGCAAAUGAUGUGUCAGAACAGUACCUUCAGAGUGGCAGCAGUGGCUGCAGAGCAGAUGAAGAUCCUGGAGCUCCCGUACGCCAGCGGGGAGCUGAGCAUGUUGGUGCUGCUGCCUGAUGCCAUCUCUGGCCUGGAGCAGCUUGAGAACAAAAUCAGCUUUGAAAAACUCACAGAGUGGACUAGGCCUGAUGUGAUGGAAAAGAAGAGAGUGAAAGUGUACCUCCCACGCAUGAAGAUGGAGGGGAAAUAUAACCUGACGUCUGUCUUAAUGGCCUUGGGUAUGACUGACCUGUUCAAGCCUUCGGCCAAUCUGUCUGGCAUCUCCUCAGCAGAGAGGCUGAAGAUGUCUGGGGCCAUCCAUGAAGCGUACAUGGAGGUCAGUGAAGAGGGCACUGAGACGGCAGACUCGGAGGGUGUGGUGGAAGACAUCAAAGAUUCCCCUGAGUAUGAAGAGUUCAGGGCUGACCACCCUUUCCUUUUCUUGAUCAAGCACAAUCCAACCAACGUCAUCCUCUUCGUUGGCAGAUAUUGUUCUCCCUAA